AUGAUAGCUGGAUUUAACUUCAAGGAUGGAUUGUCAUUGUCAUUUGAUGAUCCUAGUGCUCUGAUCUUUCUUGAGUCAAAUUUUCGUUUAUCCUUACUUUUUGUUGCCGAAGAAGGUCUGAAAAUCAAUACUCUAUACGAUACAUCAGAAAC